AUUCAUUUCUCGAGGUUCCCUUCUCUCUGAUGAACAGAAACAGAGAUUUUCACUGAAGGGCUAGUCCUCAGUAGUCACAGAUUUUUUGCUUAACAAACAGAAACCUGUUUUCAAAAGGGAUCAUUUCAUUGAUUUUCAAAAGAACAAGAAGAGAAGAAAACAAAGGCAAAAGUGGCUACUUUGAUGAGUUUUGGAGGUGUUUUUGAGAACAAGCAAGGUGGUGAAGGUGCUAAGAUUGUUGCAGAUAUUGCUUAUAACCAAGAUAAAAUGCCCUCUGGUGCAAUCUCACAGCCUCGCUUAGCCACACCCACUUUGGCUAAAUCCAUGCUCAACUCUUCUGGCCUAUCUCUAGCCCUUCAAACAAAUAUUGAUGGGCAAGGAAAUGGGCAUGGGAAUGGAUUGAUACAUGAGAAUUAUGAAGGACAUGGAUUGAGAAGAAGCAGAGAAGAAGAGCAUGAAAGCAGAUCUGGGAGUGAUAACAUGGAUGCUGCUUCUGGUGAUGAUUUUGAUGCUGCCGACAAUCGUCCAAGAAAAAAGCGUUAUCACCGACACACUCCUCAGCAAAUACAAGAACUUGAAUCGCUGUUCAAGGAGUGUCCUCACCCGGAUGAGAAGCAAAGGCUUGAACUCAGCAAAAGGCUUUGUUUGGAAACCAGGCAGGUCAAGUUUUGGUUUCAAAAUCGAAGAACCCAAAUGAAGACUCAAUUGGAACGCCAUGAGAAUUCCUUGCUCAGGCAAGAGAAUGAUAAGCUGAGAGCAGAGAACAUGUCUAUUAGAGAAGCAAUGAGGAAUCCAAUGUGCUCAAAUUGUGGUGGUCCUGCAGUUAUGGGUGAGAUUUCACUGGAAGAACAACAUCUUAGAAUUGAAAAUGCUCGUCUCAAGGAUGAACUAGACCGAGUUUGCGCACUUGCUGGCAAGUUCUUAGGCCGCCCCAUUGGCCCUCCAUUGCUAAACUCAAGUUUGGAGCUUGGAGUUGGGAGCAAUGGUUUUGGUGGAUUGAGCAAUAUGCCAUCAACUUUGGGUCCUGAUUUUGUGGGGAUAUCAAGCCCUUUAGGCAUGGUAACACCGCCGCCGCCACCGGCACAAUCAACUAGAACUACAACAGCUAUGAUGAGUUCUGGCUUUGACAGAUCAGUGGAGAGGUCAAUGCUUCUGGAACUUGCUUUGGCUGCAAUGGAGGAGUUGGUUAAAAUGGCUCAGACUGGGGAACCUCUUUGGGUUUUAGAAGGGGGAAGAGAAAUUUUGAACCAUGAUGAGUACAAUAGGACAGUGACCCCUUGCAUUGGGUUGAGACCCAAUGGUUUUGUCUCAGAGGCUUCUAGAGAAACUGGCAUGGUCAUCAUCAACAGCUUGGCCCUUGUUGAAACUUUAAUGGACUCAAAUCGGUGGUCAGAGAUGUUCCCUUGUGUGGUUGCAAGAACCUCUACCACUGAGGUGAUAUCUAAUGGAAUAAAUGGAACCAGAAAUGGUGCCCUUCAACUGAUGCAUGCUGAACUUCAAGUCCUUUCUCCCUUGGUUCCUGUUCGUGAGGUCAAUUUUUUACGCUUUUGCAAGCAGCACGCAGAGGGGGUGUGGGCAGUGGUAGAUGUGUCCAUUGACACCAUCCGAGAAACUUCUUCUGGUACACCCACUUUUCUUAACUGCAGGAGGCUUCCUUCUGGCUGUGUGGUGCAAGACAUGCCAAAUGGUUACUCUAAGGUGACAUGGGUGGAGCAUGCAGAAUAUGACGAAAGCCAAGUGCACCAACUGUACAGGCCCUUGUUGAGUUCAGGAAUAGGGUUUGGUGCACAGCGUUGGGUUGCCAUCCUUCAACGCCAAUGCGAAUGCUUAGCCAUCUUAAUGUCCUCAGCACUUCCCUCUAGAGAACACGCAGCAAUAAGUGCGGGUGGGAGGCGAAGCAUGCUGAAGCUGGCGCAGAGGAUGACCAACAACUUCUGCGCCGGUGUCUGUGCCUCAACAGUACACCAAUGGAACAAACUCAACAACACCAGCAACAACAACGCAGGUGCUGAGGAGGUGAGGGUGAUGACAAGGAAGAGCGUCGAUGAUCCAGGCGAGCCUCCAGGCAUCGUGCUUAGCGCGGCAACCUCCGUGUGGCUCCCAGUUGCGCCGCAGAGGGUAUUUGAUUUCCUCCGCGACGAGAGGCUUAGGAGCGAGUGGGACAUACUCUCCAAUGGUGGACCAAUGCAGGAGAUGGCUCACAUUGCCAAAGGACAAGACCAUGCCAACUGUGUUUCCCUCCUCCGAGCUAGUGCUAUGAAUGCAAACCAGAGUAGCAUGUUGAUUUUGCAGGAGACAUGCACAGACGCGUCGGGGUCGCUUGUAGUGUACGCGCCGGUGGACAUCCCGGCAAUGCACGUCGUGAUGAAUGGCGGCGACUCUGCUUAUGUUGCGCUACUACCAUCCGGGUUCUCUGUGGUGCCUGAUGGGAACGGUCAAGGCGGUGGGGAUGAUCGCGGCAGCGCGUCGGGUGGGUCGCUUCUGACGGUGGCAUUCCAGAUCCUUGUGAACAGCCUCCCCACUGCAAAGCUCACGGUGGAGUCUGUGGAGACGGUGAACAACCUCAUCUUGUGCACCGUUCAAAAGAUAAAAGCAGCUCUUAACGGCAAAAGCUGACUAGCUGAGUUUGACGUGACGGCGGCACAUUAGCAUUACGUGACUAUGUUUUGUUUUGGGGUGUUUUAUUUUGUUAUGAACUAUUAACAUUGGUGGUUAAGGAUGUAAUAGGUGGCGCGUGUGGGUGUUGAGUCAAGAACGAACCGCGCGUGUAUAGGAAAAACUCCUUGCAGGGUGGUAAGGAUCGAAGAGUGAGGAUCUUUAACACAAGGCAAGGGUGGUGGUUCGGGUAUUGACUCGGGUCGACCCCUUGUCUGCUUACUUAGUAGCAGAAAAACAUAAGGGAAUUGAAAAUAUAUGAAAAGCAAAUUGAAAAAAAAUGCUUUUUUAUUAGGUACAUUUUAUUUUAUAAUUAGGUUGUCAUUUUGGUUUGGAUUGA